CAAAUGCGUAUGACACAGACUGAAUUCAAUUAUGUUUUAAAACUGACAGAGAUAAUCUGAACUAAACUAGAAUUACAUUUUAGAUUAAAUACUAGGCCGAUGGCAGUUUGAGGCGUUUUUUACUAUCAAUAAUAGUCUGCAAUAAUUUUUAAUAUAUAUUUUUUUCAUUGUAAAGCUUUUCUUUUAUCAAUUUUUUUCCUAUUCUUUUUUCAAUAUUUGAUAUGGAGCUGGUGCGUUAAGUUUUUAUUCCAGUUAUUUUUGUAGCGUUUUAUUUCAGUUACAUCACGUUCGAUUUGAAUUCUCCUGCAAGCGUGAAAUCUAAAAUUCACUCAUUUUAUAUCCUGCCAUUGUAAAAAGCGUAGAUUGACCAUCAAACAGCCGUCUGUGUUGGAGCAAAAUUUACAUGAAGGUCUUUUUACCCUUCUUCUAACUUUACACGCGCUUAGCCCUUACUGUGUUGCUGUUUUUAUCCUCAUUUUUACUGCGUUUGUGCAAUGUUGAUUACUGAGCUUAUUAAGUGGAGGAUAUUUUUCUAAGGAAGUGGAAACUGAUCAUUUACCUGAUUAUUGUGUGAACAACCUGAUGAAUACGAUUCUGACUUGGGCAUCGAGCUGAACUACCGAACUGUUCUAUUCAUUGCAUGUUUUUGUGAUGGAUCAUCAGUCCAAACCCCUCUCUAUGUUUUUCCCACUCUGUCUCCUCUUCAUCACGAUCACUGUCCCUGAAGUACAGGCCGCCUGUGACUACAACGAAGACAACGUCGUCCCCUUCCCGCCCUCCCUGCUGGACUUGCCGGACUUGAGACUCCUGGAGUACAAUGGAAAGCAGUUCAAACUGGCUUGCGAGCUGCUCGUCUGCUCAAUCACACACCCAGUCACUUUCACCUGGAUGUUCGCUCACAAUGAAGAUCUCUCAGAUGCGAAAGAACUAACUCACGAAGGUCACGAGGCGGCCAGCAGCACACGGUACCAUUUCGAGGACGACAGUCUCUACAUCCAUCCGGACAUCAAAGACUGGACUGCCAUCACAGGCUACUACUGGUGUGAGGCAGAAAAUGAACAUGGAAAGGCCACUUCUAACAAGUGCCACAUUGACAAGACUGGUAUCAAACAGCGCUUUGAAGAUCUGCCAUUGACGGAAGUAAUGGCGGGAGAAAGUGUUCAACUUGAAAUGGCCAAGGAUCCCCCGAGUGAUGAUGAUGUACCACUGAUCGCCUUCUACUCCAUCAAAUGGGACAACACUAAAGCCACCGAAAUUUUGAAACCGAAAGUGACGAUGAGUAAUAAAAAUGGCCGCUUUGUAAUUGGAGCCAACUUCGACCUGUACGUGCUCGAUGCGAAAACGACGGACUCGUCCAUGGCAACUUUGAACUUCCGGGAGUACGGCACCUUGACCACUUUCGCAUACCGUCAGGCGCCUAUCAAAGUACUGAAUGCACCGUUCCAAGGAGUAAACGAAGGAUUCUUCGAUAUUUACAAGAAUUACGUGUUCGUGCGAGGAGUGGAAUCCUUCGUGACCUGUAUUCCCAGAUCGAACACUAAAGUGCUGUUCAAAAAGGACGGAAAGGCAAUUGACGUGUCGUAUGAUCAGGGUGGCAGUAUGUUCCGAACCGAUUACGGAUUGUGGUUCAAAAGCAUUUCCGAGAAGGAUGCAGGAAAAUACACGUGUUAUCUUGAAGAAGACCCGUCUGUGGAGUACUCACAGACCAUCAAGGUUAUAGGGUCUCCCAAACUGGAUUGUGACUUCGAAGUGUUCAUUAUCGAGGUACCCAAAUCAAACCUGAAUCAGAAAUGCACAGUCAGCUCCAAAUACCUAGAAUUGAAUAAACCUGUGCUGCAGUGGAACAACGCACCAAUUGAAGAGGCGACAGAUUUGUCUAUCAAGUCUGUGAUCAAAGAGAGUAGAAACGAUUGGAACAUUGACAUUACCUCGGAGAGGCUGUCAGAAGGGAAGGACACCGGAGUGCUUAGAAUAACAGCCAGUGCAGAGCCACAGACUAGGGAGCAAAUCCUCAGGACUGUCGGCUUCACAAAAGACUUCGAUAAGAUCCAUUUCCAGGAUUACAGACUCCUCUCCUUUGAGAGCCGAAGAGAGGUGUCCAUAUCAGUUUUCACUCAGAAACUCAAGGUGAAUCCGUUGCCUAAUCAAAGGCUGGACGCAUUGAUGGGGGAGAAAGGCUUCAUAUUGAGGACUACUAUCUUUGGAUCUCCAGUGCCAGAAGUGACCUGGUACAUAGAUGGAAUAGAAGUGGAGAAAGAUGAUCAGAAGUAUAGCUUCUCCGUUCGAUUUUCAGUCGUGUUCAUGUUCACCUUCAGAGAGAUUGAGUCAAACUAUACUCUGAAGGCAGUUGGAAGACAUCAAAUUGAAGGCCAAGAGUACACAGCCGAGGACAACUUCAAAGUGAUCGCCCACAAACCUCUUGAGUGGAAGGGUGAUUUGAAGAACGAGUACAACACCUUCACAGGACAGGAGGCCAAGGCUAUUUGUGCUGCCACGCAGAAAGCAGGCGCCAGAACUGCAAAUAUUGAAUUCACUUGGCUGCUGGCUGAGGACGGAAGCUUCAUCUUUGACGGCACUCAAGUGGCUGGAAGCAAAGGUAAUGAGGGCUACAAAAUAGAGACAGGCGAGGUUGUGGAGAAUGGGAUCAGGUAUGGCAUCAGUACCCUAAAGUACAUGACCUCAGAGGACAGCGAGAGGAAGUUCCUCUGCAACGCAACUCUUAUCGCCAAUGGAAACGAGCUGCAAACACUCAGCAGAGACGUAUCUGUCGCAUCCGGAAAUAAACCGGGAACUCCGAAAGACCUGAGCCUAGAUGGGGCUAGAAGGCGAUUUGAGUACCAGAGUGAGAGAGUGUCGGGUGACUAUGACGUCAUGGAUGUGAUGGAGUACGCACAGGUGUUCCAAGAAACGAAGGCCAAUGAGAUCGAGUGGAAGAUACUCGGAACUACCCAGCAAAGAGUGGGUCGGGACGGAUGGGUUGAUGUCAAAAUAAGUCUUUCGGAGCUGACUAUGGACUACCAGGAAGAAGAGUGGUUCGAGUUCCCCCCAGGCAGCAAGUUCCUCUUCCGAGUCUACACGAAGAACAAGUUCGGCAAGAGUGACAACUCCAACCAGGUGGACUACGUGUCUGACGAUGCACUACCAACUGCCAAGGUGGAGAAUGUGGCUGUCAAGCCUGCAGAUGAUGAUUCAGGCAAAGUGGUCGUCUCCUGGGAUCCUUAUCCGAGGGAGGACUUCGGGAGCUACGAGAAGGACGGAUGCUGUAUGCACGUGGAGAUAGUGGCCACUUCGCCUGAGUUUCUGAAGAAAACAGAGACUCUAGACUGCGUGGACCCCUCAAAGACGGAAGUUGAGACCGGAUGGGACGACAUGGAUCCCUACACCAAACACGAAGUCAAGGUCUGGUUCUCAAAUGAUGCGGGUGAGACUGAACCUACUGAAGCAGAAGGGUACAACCACCAGACCCCUCCAGCUAAGCCUAAGUUGGCAGAGGCACAGGACGAGGACGCCAGGAGCAUCACUGUCGACUUCGACGCCAUGUCCGACGCAGACAUCCACGGGAAGUUCGAGGAGUACGAAUUGAUCAUCCGAGACGAAGCUGGGGAGAUUGUUGGCAAGAAGAGUUCCACUGACCAGGGCACUCCUGGGGAGCAGUUGUCUCUGACUGUGGACGGACUCACCCCCUACAAGAAGUACACAGCAGAACUGGUAGUGAAGAACGAAGUGGCCUCCACUUCCACAGGGGAGAUCCCGAGGCAGACUAAAGCAGCACCACCUGACGCAAUUGACCCCGAUUCCGUCAGGGUUCAAGUGCAUCCCGAAGGAGUGGUCAUAUUCUGGAAGAAACCGGAAGACAUGAACGGGGAUUUCGACAACUACCUCCUCAAAUUCAACGACAAACUGCCUGGUGGUGGAGAUCAGACAACGAAGGAGACGGAGUUCGACGCCACUUCUAUCUUCUUCCCCGACGGAAUUGACAAGGACCCAGUGGCCGAGACAGACUACCCGUUCGAACUGUUCACAAAGAACCAUGAGUACACCAGCGACCCCACGCCUUCCCAAGUCCCCUUCAAGCUACCCGUAGAUACUCCUCCUGGCAACCCGCAGCCUCCAAAGGAGUUGGUCUGUGGCUUUCUGGACCCCACUCGUCUGUCGGCCAAGUGGACCUACGAGCAGUUCGGAGACUACGCAUCCACUCAUUCCGUUAUCUACAAAGUGCACAAUACUGAGGCAGAGUACAAUGAGUCAUGCAAGGGUCUGAAGGUGACUGAUGAGCAGGAGUGCUUCCCUGGAGUGGAGAGAAAGCCAUAUGUGUACAUGGUCAAGUUGUUAGCCAGAAACAAGUACGGGUCGGCUGCCUCACAGAGCGAACUGUGCAAGGCCAACUUCACCGCGAUGGCGGCCCUGGAAGGAGGGGAUGGAGUGCUGGCUGCAGGCGCUGGACUCAUCUUUGCUCUUUUGCUUCUCCUCCUCCUGCUCAUUCUCUUAGUGAUCAUUGGCAUCUACUACGCCAAGAACAGAAGCCACAACUACAGAGUGCAAAGGAAUGAGAGUCGCUUUAAGCCGAAGGACAUCGAGUUCCUGCCGAGGAAAGACGAGACUAACAUGUUCAACGAGUAUGUUCCGGACGAGACAAAACUGCCCUUCAUAUCUCCACACAAACGCACUGGCCCCCUAGACCUAGACGAUGACUCAUUCAACGACCCAUUCGGAGGGGACGAUGACCUUGACGGAUACAACGAGGAUGGUUCUUUCAUUGGUGCAUACACAAAUGAUGCAGUGUAGAGGAACAAUUAUGCAUAAUCUGUUCUGCCAGGAUUACGAUGAUGAUGACUACAACAAGAAAUAUGAAUGGCAAUUUCGGAAAAACUAAUGACUAUUAGGCAGAAAGAGGCACAUGCUAGUAUUUCUUAUAACGUAUACCUGGCUAAUUUUGAAAAGUCACUGCAAAUGUCAUGUGAUUCACCGACUUGCAAUGGAUCAUCUUUUUAUUAAUAGUUUGGAAGCUGAAUGUUGUAUUAUUUGCAGUCUACUUUUCACCCUAGUUCCGUCCUCAAUUUUACUCGAAUAUGUAACUCUCCGAUCCCUUAGAAGACUCGAAGAAAAAGUUUUGAUAAGAAACCAAAACAGCUUAAAUGAUGUAAACUUCGUUUCGUAUAACAGUAUACAACUCCUCUGAAAUUUUGGAUUCAAGUAUUGAUAAGCUCCUUCUUUAUCUCGAAACUCAGAACCAAUUAGUUGCUAUGCAAAUGCUACUACUCCCAGUUUUGAUAAAAUUCAGUCCCUAAUUAUUUUCUAUUUAUCCAUUUGAACUAUCGAAUCAGAACUAGUUUGCACCAUCAAAUUUUUUUUAUAUAAGUUAGAAAGCAUUACUUCUCCUUACACUGGUGUUGGUUCAUUUUCAUGUUUAACAACUGUUCGCCUAUCUUUUGUUUCGGGUACAUGCAGUUGUUAAAUAAAAUUUAAAUCUUUCCUUUGUUACGCUAAAUAUCAUUUAUAAUGGCUCUUUCAUCUUUUAUUUAUGUAGAAAUUUGAUUGAAAGCUUCUCGAAUGGUCUUUUCUUAUGAUAAAUUUGCUAUGUAAAGUGCUUGAUAUUUUUAUACGUGUUCAAAAUGAAAUGUUAAUUUACGCUUUG